UGUAAUCUCCCAAAGAGCGUUAGGGUUGACGCCGGAAUGCGCUUCGUCCACCCUAAGAAUGCGAUAGACUAUAGAAAACACAUUCCACAGCCCGCGGAUGCAACAAUAGUAGAAGACGCAAAGAACAACCCCACUUCGCUAGUGGAUUGUCACAGUGGGAUACUGAAGGUGGUAGUUUGUUUGUGUAGUGUGUAUGUUGUGGUUUGAAUGGGUUGAGCGAUUUGUGGCGUCUGCUGGCUUGAUACUUAUUUAGUUACAAUGACAGCCGUCCAGUUCCAAACCUUUUCCCGACUUUUAGCUUCACUAUCGAAAAUUGUUGCCUGCUUGGUCGAUGCUCGUACACCCAUACUAAGGACCAACGAUGCGACUAAGAAACAGACCCCAUGGCCUCGGCCUUGCUAAGAGGCAACCUCAACUGGCCGAUGCUUCUGGGUCAACCUGGUCAGCCAGUGGCGCCUCUGCCUAUGGCACUGGCCAAUGGUCCGCGGACACCUCCGUGGCCGGCUCUGGACAGUGGGCAGGUAGUGGUGCAGCAGCCGGUGAUGCGUCAACAGCCGGGACAGCAGCCGGGACAGCAGCCGGGACAGAUAGCACUGCAGCGGGAACGGCCAAUACGGGGGCAGCUCCCGCUAGCGAUGCCGCGACAACAAGCGAAACAGCCGCAGAAAUCGCAACGACCGACCCGACUACUCAAUGGAGUGCUGGAGCUCCCAGCGCCGAGCCCCCAACGGCUGCCGCCGCCGCUCCGGUCGUAGGGGCUACAACUCUCGCAACAGCGGUGAUUCCCACUGCUACCGACACGUCGAAAUCUCUCCCCUCAUCCACCACUAGCGAAGCCACUGCCACCAGCACCGUUCUCUCGGUUAAUUCAACAAAGCAUGUGGGCACGCCUGCCGGCACAAAGGCGGCUAUAGGCCUUAGCGUCAUCAUCGUCGUCGCCGCGAUGGCAGGACUCAUUCUGUGGUCGCUUCGCCGGAAAAAGCGCCGCCUCCGAGAAAUCAUUGCGAAAAGCCGCGGCGAGAAGGUGCCUGAAAGCCCAAGAACAAGUGACGAGUUCGUCAGGUACGCAUCCAAGGUCUACACCGAAGGGGCCAGCGCAAUGCGUCAAGCGGGCGGCAAGAUCAAGACAACAUAUCAAUCUAAAAUCCCUGUCCUGCGUCGCCACUUCGAGAACGCAAAGUAUGAGCCGAUCAAGGAGUUCAGUCGCCAGGUGUACUCGACAAGUGUGACCACACUGAAAAAGGUUGGCGGGUUCGUACAUUCGACCUGGGCGGCCAAGGCCCACGUUCCCCGUCCUUAUAGCACAUACAGCACGUAUAGUACCAGCAGUCUGCAGCAAGGCUUGCGGGACCUUCCUAGGUCGUGCCACGCAAACGAGCUGGCCCCUGUUGUGGAGGUAACUGAAAGUAUUGAGAGCCCUACUGGCUCUUCGGAAACAUUGGUCGGUGAUGUUGGUCGCUUAAAGGAUGCUGCAGUAUCAAGCACGCCCAAACUGGAGACGGGCAAGUUCCCGGAGGCAAAAGUAGCAACUGUGGAGACUGUCACACCCAUCUCCCCGGAAUCAUCAGGAUCAUCAUCGUCAUCGCCAUCGUCAUCGUCAUCGUCAUCAGCGAGCAGCAGCCCUUCAGUGUCAAGGAGUCCCACUGUCGACAGGGUUUCAAGAAGCCCAACUGUGGAAAGUCGGACCUAUCCCGGCACGCCCGAUAUUUCCUUUGCCAGAGUGUACCGGGUAGAGAUGGACUUCAAGCCUGUCAGCCCCGAGCAUGUCGAGCUGAAAGAGGGUCAAAAUGCCGUCCUGCAUCUCGUCUACGACGACGGAUGGGCCCUUGUCAACGUCCUUGAAACUGCCCAGGAGGGUCUCGUCCCCCGAGCCUGUUUCGGUGCAUAUCCCGUGCGACACCAAGCCCAGUACAUGGGCAGCAAUCUUCAGAUCUCGACCGACGGAAUCCCCCGGUCGAUCAGUUCUGCGACCCCCACCGAGUACGGCUCUGAUGGUGACAUCGGCCGAUUCUACUCGCAGUGCGCGAGCCCGGAUCUCCCCACCCCGGCGUCGCUGCAUGAAACCCUGCCACGGCCUCAGCGUCUCAAGUCCCUACCGUCGCUGGCAAGCUUGUUCCGCUCUGCGUCAAGUUUCAAGAGCAUGGUAUAGCAAGCACAUCCCGUUGAGACUGAGGCCUGGCGCUGAAGGAUCCGAUCCUUUCCUUUCUUUUUCCAUUCUCGUGAAUACUUUUCCCCCCUAAAUA